AAGAUCCAAGCUUCGGCACCAUUCUGCAGCAGUUCAAGUUCCAAUUGGAUUGGAAGAGGAGUUUCAGGGCCUUGUGGAUCUUGUUGAAAUGAAAGCUUAUUAUUUUCAUGGAUCCAAUGGUGAGAAUAUUGUUACAUCUGAUGUCCCUUCAGAUAUUGAGGCAUUGGUCGCAGAAAAGAGACACGAACUUAUAGAAGUUGUUUCUGAAGUUGAUGAUCAACUUGCUGAGUCUUUUCUUAAUGAUGAGUCUAUAUCAUCAGAUGAUCUCAAGAUGGCUAUCCGCAGGGCUACAGUUUCACGAAAAUUUGUGCCUGUUUAUAUGGGAAGUGCUUUUAAGAACAAGGGUGUACAACCUCUUCUUGAUGGGGUGGUUAACUUUUUGCCCUGUCCCACUGAAGUUGAAAAUCAUGCACUGGACCAGGAUCAGUCUGAAGUCAAGGUUCGGUUAUCUGGAAAUCCUGCUGGACCUCUUGUUGCUCUGGCUUUCAAAUUGGAAGAGGGUCGCUUUGGCCAAUUGACCUAUUUAAGAAUCUAUGAAGGUAUUAUAAAAAAGGGCGACUUCAUCAUCAACAUAAAUACAGGGAAAAAGAUCAAGGUUCCUCGUUUAGUUCGUAUGCAUUCUAAUGAAAUGGAGGAUAUUCAAGAAGCUCAUGCUGGGCAGAUUGUAGCGGUUUUUGGCAUUGAUUGUGCUUCAGGGGACACAUUCACAGAUGGGUCUGUGAGGUACACUAUGACAUCUAUGAAUGUUCCUGAGCCAGUUAUGUCAUUGGCUGUUUCACCAAUUUCUAAAGAUUCUGGAGCACAGUUCUCGAAAGCUCUUAAUAGAUUUCAGAAAGAGGACCCUACUUUUCGUGUUGGUUUGGAUCCAGAAAGUGGGCAGACAAUUAUUUCUGGGAUGGGGGAGCUGCACUUGGAUAUUUAUGUUGAACGCAUUAGAAGGGAGUAUAAGGUUGACGCACAAACUGGAAGGCCUCGUGUAAACUUUAGAGAGACCAUAACACAGCGGGCAGAAUUUGAUUACUUGCAUAAGAAACAGACUGGUGGGCAAGGCCAAUACGGACGUGUUUGUGGAUAUAUAGAGCCCCUUUCAGCAGACGCAGCAACAAAAUUUGAAUUUGAUAACAUGAUAAUUGGGCAAGCAAUCCCAUCAAACUUUAUUCCAGCCAUCGAGAAAGGUUUCAAGGAAGCUUGCAACUCGGGUUCAUUGAUAGGGCAUCCCGUUGAGAAUAUUAGAAUAGUCUUGACAGAUGGUGCUUCACAUGCUGUUGAUUCCAGUGAACUUGCUUUCAAGUUAGCAUCUAUCUAUGCUUUGAGACAGUGUUAUGCUGCAGCAAAGCCCGUCAUAUUGGAACCUGUUAUGAAGGUGGAAUUGAAAUUUCCAACUGAGUUUCAGGGCACCGUUACUGGUGAUAUUAACAAGAGAAAAGGAAUUAUUGUUGGAAAUGACCAGGAGGGUGAUGAUACGGUAAUUGUUACCCAUGUACCGUUAAAUAAUAUGUUUGGCUAUUCAACCUCCUUGCGGUCCAUGACCCAGGGGAAAGGGGAAUUCACCAUGGAAUACCUGGAGCACUCAGCAGUUUCCCAAGAUGUGCAGAUGCAGCUCAUCAACACCUACAAGGCAAGCAAGGGAACAACAGAUUAAGUUAAAUUACAAACACAGCCAGGGUUCUUACAGCAGGUUAAUUAUAUAAAGUUAUAAGUUACGUUUUGAUCCUUCUUUUUUUUAAUUAUUUUUUUUAAACUUUUGCGAUUAGAUGCAAUUUAUGUGAGAGUUGAUCAUGGUCAGGUCCCUGUUAUAAUUUAUCAAUGAAAGGAUGUGUACGUCCCUAUUCACGCUGAUUUAUUCCUGUAAUAAGUUCUCCAUAAUUUUGAUAGAAUAAAUAAAUGAUUAAUCCUUGCGCAGCAGGAAAGUCAAUUAACCUGCAUAUUGCAGUUCAGAC